CGGCAACAGGUAAAAAUGGAGUUGGACAAUAAAUUAGCAACGAGUGGUUCGAGAGAUACAGUUACGAGUCUAUAUAGAAGACACGAGGCGAAGUUCCUCGAUCAUUCAUCUUUGGAUAUGAAGAAGAUGAUACGCGCAUUAAUUUCAGUACUUUUAGCAAGUCUGUCGAUCCACUCGGUCUUGCCUCAAGUGAUAUCAUAUGCGAAAGUGUCGAGGAACGGUCAAGAGGACGUGGACACGAGGAACGAUGAUCCGUGGAUCGUCAGUAAUGGAACGCAAAGCGAAUCGAGGAGUAUCAAGAACAUAGCUAUCACUAUGUCACCUGUAUACAUCUCACCGAAAAUUCAAAAUCUAAAAAAUGGCGAAGCAGUUAAUUAUCCCUCUGUUGGAAGAUACACAACAUUGGACCAUGAAUUAUUAGGACAAUUGAACACAAAGAACACGAAGAAACAGAUUCAGGACAGAUAUCAUCCAUCACCGCUUAGCUUCAAAAACAAGGAGCCAUCGAACGAUAUGAAGGAAAACUCGAAACCUGCCAAUCGUCCAAAUAGCCCACCAAGUGGCCCACCAAGUGGCCCACCAAGUGGCCCACCAAGCGGUCCACCAAGCGGUCCACCAACUGGCCCAUCAUCUUCGAGCAUGUUCGACUUUUCUAAGCCAACGUUUUCAGAGAGCUACGACUAUAAACCACCAGAUUACUUAAGCAGUAAGCCGAUUUCGAAACCGCCAGAUUACCUCGGCGACAAGCCGAUCUCGAAGCCAAUGUCGAUGGACGACUACGCAGAUUCUGAGAUAAGUGACAAGCCACCAGAUUCCUACAAACCGGAUUCCUACAUGGCGUCCCACGAUUCCGACUACUCCGAUUAUCAACCGGACACGUCUUACAACAAUGAUUCACCGAAACCGAUCGAGUAUUCCGGCCAUUUGGAUCAUCCGCCAUACGACGACCACCAUUCUUACGGCCCCCAUCAUCACGACUUCCAUCACGAGGUGAUCUACGAUCACAUACCCGAGCAGCCGGAAAUGAACGAUCAGAGGCUCGACAAGAGGCCAUACUCUUAUUACUACAUAGGCAAGAAACUUUGGUACAUUCCGCUGUAUUUCAGCAUCUACUUCAUCAUAUACAUCGCUGCUCUGGUAUUGAAAAGCAUCGCAAGACACAAGAUCACGUUCCCCGCGCAUUUGGCCGAUGCUGUGAAUCACGAUCACGGCAGAUCGUACAACGAUUUCAGCUGGUGGGAUUUCGCGGGCGAAGCGUUGCAGAGUGUCGAGAGCUUUGCCGAGAAGUAUGGAAAAGUUUUUUAGACUGAUUUCUAAUGAUUUGAAUGAGUUGCAGCGGAGGAUUGAUUUUGACGAGUCAGUUUUAAUGUAUAUUUGGAAAUGAGUAUCAUUUGAUCGCGAGUUAUAUUAGAUUGUGUAAGGAAUUAUUAUUACUUUUGAACAUAUUACACGAUCCAAUGUUAUGAUAUCGAUGAAUGUUUCGAUGGUAUCAUAUAUACGCAAAUCGCUCGCAAUAGUAAAUUAAGUUCGUGGAAUUCUAAUUCUAUUUUGACAACAUACCGAAUCCACGGUUUGUUUGUAACUUUAUAAAUAAUAUAAAUAAGGUAUACGUAUUACAGUACCAGCAAUAAUUUUGUACGUGUAAAUAUUAUGAGUUUUUGUAAAUAUUUAAUGUAAUAUUUAAAUAAAUAGCCAUUCAUAAAUAUAUAUAUAUACGAAGUAACUAUAAUGGAAACGAAAAUUUAUGCCAAUUCUUUACUACGUUAUGUAUCCUUCAAAAAAGAAAAUUUGUUUAAACGAUAAAAA